UCGAGCUGAUUAUAAAAGUGAUAAGGUACCCCUCCCAUAAAAGUGAUAAAGUUUACGAAUUACCUUCAGGAGAUACAAUUACUAUUAACAUGGAAGGCAGCAAAGUAAUACACACUCCCUCUUUGAGUGACCUUCUAAAAUUCAGAGCGUGAGGAAGAGUGAGAGGGCGAUAUGUGGGGUCGAGGGAAGGGCAGAGAUAACUUUUUUGUUGGCGGAGCUUGGUGAGCGCUCGGGUAUAAAGGUCGGACAAGCAUCAUCUAGCAUCAUACUCCAGCAGCUCCUCCUGUGGCUGACUCUUCUGUACUACUCUCACUCUCUCUAGUUCAUCUGCUGACCGACAACAAUGAAGGUUCUUCUGUUCGUUGCCCUGCUGGGAUUGUCCAUCGCUGACAAGCGACCUUCAAAUAGUUACGGAGCCCCAAGUGGAGGUUUUGGUAAUGGGUUUGGCGCCUCUAAUGGAGCCCCAAGCAAUGGUUACACAGCCCCCGGAAGCAAUGGUUUCGGAACACCUGCAAGGAAUGGAAACGGUGCAGCCUCAGGCAAUGGGUUUGGACAAACCUCAAGCAACGGGUUCGGAGCUGCACCAAGCAAUGGAUACUCAGCUCCCCCAAGUAACAGGUACGGUCCCCCGACAGGUUCCUAUGGACUAGAUGCCGAGCUGGUUGCUCUGCAGGAGAACAUCCCCGGUGGUGGCGUCCCCGGGGAAGACUACCCUGUCUUGGCUUCUCCUCCAGACACUGACUUCUCCUGUGACGCCCAGGCAGUGGCUGGCUAUUACGCCGAUACCGACCCUGAGGCCCGUUGCCAGGUGUUCCACAUUUGCCAGGACCGCGCCGUCAGACGCCAGAAGGACUCCUUCCUGUGCCCCAACGGUACCAUCUUCAACCAGCAGUACCUGGUGUGCGACUGGUGGUUCAACGUUGACUGUUCCCAGGCUGAGAACUUCUACUCCGUCAACGAACUCAUCGGCGUCGUCCCCGACGUUGGCUAUGGUUAUGGUCCCGCCACCAACGGCAUUAGCAACGGUAACGGUGGCAGUUAUGGAAAUGGCAAUGGAGCUAACGGUAACGGAAGGAACGGGAAUGGUAACCGUUAUGGAUCCAACGGAAACGGUAAUGGAGCUAACGGUAACGGAAGAAACGGGAAUGGUAACCGUUAUGGAUCCAACGGAAACGGCAAUGGUAAUCGGUAUGGAUCUAAUGGAAACGUCAACCGUAAUGGACCCAACGGAAACGGUAACCGUUAUGCAUCCAAUGGAAAUGGUGUCGGGAAUGGCAAUGGGGUUAACGGUGCCAGCAACGGGUAUGGUGCUCCACCCGCUCCUUCUCCUGUCUACGGAAUUGAGUUUUAAAAGUACAUUGUUCUCCUCCCUCAAGUCGUCUCUCUGUUUAUGCCAAUGUAAUUUAUAAAAAUAUCCCAAUGUGCGUAUUUAUUAC